CUUGAGCAGACCCUUUACGAAAUGUAAAUACGAUCGUAGGUUACUGUCGGCAAACAAAUUCAAGAAAGAUUCCCAGCGACUUUACUAGUCUACUACUUGAACGAGUACCGAAGAAUGAUAGCUGACAGCUUACACACGACAUAUUGUGUAAUGGUUUGGCUAAUAGUCCACGUCCUAAAGUCAAGAACAAAAAUAAAAGGCUAUUGAAAAGUCAAGUAAGCUGUUCUUUCGAUAUCCUACACUAUCAGUAUUUCGAGGUCUCGCUUCAUGAAGAUGGACCAGACACAUAAAGAAGUGCUGAGAAAACAUCGCCUAGACUUGUCGAAUCAACUUUUAAUUGGCGACACUAUCAUCCAUUUUCUUUAUCAAGAAAAUAUUUUAACAGAAAAUCACGUAGAAGAGAUACAGGCCCAAAUAACAAACAAGAAGAAGACACUGAGACUGCUGGAUAUCCUCCCCACCCGAGGCCCGCGAGCUUUUGACACUUUUUUGCAGUCUCUGGAGGAGGAGUUCAUCUGGAUUAAAGACAAACUACUCCAAGAUCUGGACACAAAUGCACAUGAGAUAAGUUUAACAACCUACUGGACCUUACCCGAGGAGGUUCUCCGGAACGUUCCGUCCGACAGACAGCUGUCCCGCCUGGCGUCUCGGCUUGGUCCGCAGUGGGAGUCUGUCCUCCUGGACCUGGGCCUGUCUUCAGGGGCCCUGUACCGUUGCCGUGCCGACCACCCCUUGAGCGUGCAGGGGCAGGUCCUGUCGGGUCUGGUCCAGUGGAGACAGUCCCAGGGCCGGAGCGCCACCGUGGCCCGGCUGCUCCAGAGCCUUCGGGCAGCGGACAUCCACCCCUCUGCCCUGGAGGAGGUGUUCCAGUGAGGUGCAGCAGGUCAUAGGGUUCCCCUUCCCUACCCUCACCCUCCAACCUUUGCCUGGUCUACCACUGGAUAACUAGGGGCCUUCUCCUGCUUGUAAGUAAGAGAUACCAGAGGGUCACGUUUCCCCCUCUCCCCACCCAUGGAGAAAUUGGGUCUGUUCUAUUUUCCCCUUUCUAGACUGCAGCCAUCCGAACCUGCCCUGAGCCUGUAAGGUCUUGGUGCCCCCACCCUGCUUGCUGCAGUGACAGAGUUCCCGACAGGGGCAGCAGGGCUAAGGAGAUUACAAUCAGACCAUGCAGGUAUUUGCACUAGGUUAAUAGGUGUGAAUUUCUGAUGCUAUUAUGUUUUUACCGACUGAGAAGGCCUGGAGGGAAGGUGCUUUUUCGGAAACCACGUAUUUGUAAUGUGAUUUUU